AUGAAAAAAUAUCCAUGCCGAUUUCAAGAUCAAGAGUUUAAUGAGCUUACAAUAACUCCUUCCGAAUUUUCGAGGGAAAGCGAGGAUGAACUGCUGCGUGAACAAUACCAAGAGUAUUUAAUCUCCCAAGAGGAUGAAAUAGGAGAAUUAGCCAGAGCACUAGCCACAUCAUUAGAAACUGACCAAGUUUCUGCCGAGCAAGAGAUAGCCAACCUUUCCAAUCAAGAACUAGAAAGAUACUUGCUAGAAAAAAGGCUAGACUUAAAAAAAUAUUUUGUUUUUAAUAUCCAAGAACUAACUACCAAAAAACUUUGUGAUGAUUUUAAAAAUGUCGCUUACAACGGGCGAGCAAUCAAGGAAUCUCUUGCCGAAGAUUUGACUAAAUUAGCUAUUGCUCAUGGCUGA